AGGUAUUUAGAGCGCUGAGCGGCUCCGGAGCUCUUCCAGUGUGAGAGGCGCAGCCGGUGUGACAGGAGCAGCAGUAGCAGCAGCAUUAGCAGGCCCGCUCCCCUCCUCCUCAGCCGCUCCCUCCCCGCCGCCGCCCGGACCUAGCAUCUCUCCGCCUCUGUCAGUGGACGCGUCCGACAGCCGCAGCCAUGUCCACCCCUACUGCUCCCGCUCCCGAGUACUCCGCCUUCUUCGCGGUGAUGGGCGCUUCGUCAGCCAUGGUGUUCAGCGCAUUGGGGGCUGCCUAUGGCACGGCGAAGAGUGGCACAGGGAUUGCAGCCAUGUCUGUCAUGAGGCCUGAGCUGAUCAUGAAGUCCAUCAUUCCUGUGGUUAUGGCAGGUAUCAUAGCCAUCUAUGGACUGGUAGUGGCAGUGCUUAUUGCAAACUCUCUUACAGACACCAUCACACUAUACAAGAGCUUCUUACAACUAGGUGCCGGCCUGAGUGUAGGCUUGAGUGGUCUUGCUGCUGGUUUUGCCAUUGGCAUUGUGGGAGAUGCAGGAGUGCGGGGGACAGCGCAACAGCCCCGACUAUUCGUAGGCAUGAUCCUCAUCCUCAUUUUUGCUGAAGUCUUGGGUCUGUACGGUCUGAUCGUGGCCCUCAUCUUGUCCACAAAAUAAAGGAUCCUUUCCCAGCGUUCCAGAAGUCGCCACUUACAAAUGGUUUUAUCUCGUGUACAGUCAUCCUCAGCCCACCCUGAUUCAAUAGAUUCUCUUCCCCCUUCUCUCCCUGUAACUGCACAAUUGUAAGUUAGUGACUGUUGUGUGUAACCCUCUAGCUAUAUUCAUCAGAUGGACUUCGGGCAAUAAGGGGUCCUGAUGCCAGUGUUCUGGGCAUGAAGCGGGCAUCACUUCCACAAUCCUCGCCAGACUCCUUCUGCGUGCAGUGUUUUUUUUUUUUUUCCCCAUUCAAUGUCUUAUUUAUAAAUAUAAAAAUCUUCAUUGUUCAUACUUUAUAACAGAGCCAGCUGUUUCUUUCCUCCUGUAACUUAUCCCCACCCCUCCUCCCCUUGCUGCAUAUAUAUUUAAUCUCUAGCUGUAUCUGUGUGGGGUUCUCCUUGUAAGUGCUAAGCAUUCCCUGGUUGUAAUUUGGUUUGAUUGCUGUAAUGUUCUGACAUUGGAGUGAGGUCUCAAUAUAUCUAUAUUUUUGUUCUAGUUUUUUUGUUUUAAUACAAGGAAGAAAAAUGAUUCCCGUCCGUGUUAACUGGUGACCAGAAUAAUAUUUUAAAAUGCAAAAUCUUGACUUGUGAUACAGAUGUGCCCACUGCUGGGUCUCGGUUGCACAUUUCCAAAUAAAACCUCUCCAUACA